AUGAAGAUAUUUCAAGUAGAGGCAACUGGCAGCGGUCCAGGAGGUAUUUGCUAUCACGUCAUGGAGGUUAUUGGUUCCAACUGCUACGUCCUUCUCGGUCAAAGGAAUUCCAAAGCAAAUCCCAACUCUGUCUUCAUCUUUGACUUGAUUAACCAAAAUUGGACAUGUCUCGAACAUCCUAAAGGAAAUGCUCCCACUCCUCGAUCUAUGGCUGCCUCAUGUGUAGUGGGAAAGAAAAUUUACGUCUUUGGAGGAUAUUCCUCUUCACCAACAAAUUCUGAAAAUCCAUCUCAUGUUCAUCAUCAUGAUCACUCUUCUCCACCUACUCAUGUUGUUUACAAUGGAUUGUAUUAUUUUGACACGGAAACAAACGAAUGGAUACAUAUUGAAAAUAACCCUAAUGGAUUGUGGCCCGAUCCAAGAGCUGGAGCUCAAAUGUGGUAUUACAAUGGAAAGUUGUACCUCGUAGGAGGAUGUCAAGGUCGUUCUCUUUAUUUUUCCACAUUGUAUGAAUAUACCAUCGAGUCAAAUACAUGGAAAAUCAUUGAGACCACUUGUGCCGAAUGUUCUGAUUACAUGGAAGAAUCUUCAAGACAUUUCAAUGCCGUGGUUCAUGAUUCGAACCAAAAUGAAUGUCACAUUCAAAAACCAGAACGUUUUUGUUGCUUUUCAGCAAAUUUAAUUGAAAAUGAAGUUUUUGUUUUUGGAGGACUUUUUGCAAAUGAGGAAAUGGAACAUCAUCAACCUUCCAACAUGUUAUUUGUGUUGGAUAUGGACACUAUGGAAUGGCGAAGACCACGAAUGGCCUCAGAAAAUACAUUUGUUCCUAGAGCAAGGGCCUCUCACACCAUGUGUCCAAUUGGAUCUUGUAAUUUAAUUCUCACGGGAGGUUGUGACGUUGUUCACAAUUCGGAUUAUGAUCCUCAUGUCUACAUGCUCAAUGUGAAAGAGAUGAAAUGGUACAGCUUGACAGAAUUCUUCUUUGGAUCUCACAUGCCAAAACUUGUUGGAUUAUCGAGUGUGUAUUGUCAAGAAACGAAACAAGUAUUUUAUUUGGGAGGAAAAACAUUUGACGACAUGUUGAGCGACCAUCACUUUUAUCGAAUUGACACCACUCUUGUGAAGCUUAUUCAUGAACAUGAAUAUUUAACACACAGAAACGACACGAACAAAAAUUAUGGAUCGACUUGGAAGAGAAAUUCCUUAAAAUUGGAAAAACGAAAUCAGGAAAGCAUUGGACAGCCACCAAUUGGUAGUAGUGUGAACUCGACUACUUUUCAAACGAGAGAAAAGAGAAGCAAAUCUUCUAUUAUUACCUAUUCACCCAUUCCACAAGUGGACUCUGAUAGUGAAUUAUUGGAAUUGGAUGAAGUGAAACUUGGUGACCAAAGUUCCACUACAUCUUCAAAACGAACCAUUGAACAUUUAUUGGACCUUUUCAAAAAGUAA